AUCAUAUGUAACUACAAUUCUAACUACUACUCAGGAAUUAGUACGUAUUUAAUAAUAACAAAAAUCAUAAUGUCGGAUUCGAAAAUGGAGUUCAACUGGGCCGAUCUGAGUGUGCAGUCGCUGGAGGGCGACAUCAGGGUUAUUACAUCCGAAAUAACCGAGUGGUCCAGCAAGGACGACUUCUACGUCACCGCCACCGCCACCGAGGACUUUUCCACACAGCAAAUGCCUCGGAAGCAGGUGGAGCAGAACCAGCAACGUGACAGCCUAAUUGUCGGACAAGCCCAACAGCAUUCCCAUGUUUUGGUCGCAGAUCUGUUAAAGAACCUAAGGAUUAGUUGUGCGAAGCCCGUGUUUCCUUCACAAGUAUCCGCUCCCAAGGCCUAUCACUUCAAAGACAUAUAUUCCAGCCGCAAGGAUCAGUUAAUUCGUGAGUGUAUGGAGCAGGAGCGUAAGUUGCGUGAGUUCCGUAGUCGACCCAUGCCGGAUUUUCGACCAGCACACGAACGCCUGGCCACUAAGGUCGCCGUGCAUCGGAUCACCUGCCCGGUGACCCCAAAUGUGCUGAAGAACUCGCUGAAAACGGAACAAAAGCGUCGUCUAAGAGUGGAGCAGCUAAAAAAGGAGCAGGAACAGGAGGCUGAAAAACGUUUUUCAAGGGCCAAACCCAUUCCAUUGAGCAGUCGGCAGCCCUUGAAGCCGCUGAAUCGUCCAUCAGUUACUCAUCAGCCCUUUAAUCUCUCCGCCGAACUGCGUGUCCAGCAGCGGCGUCUCUACAAUGUCCAGAAUUCCAAGAACCAGGAUGCCAAACACCGGGAACUGGAGGAGCAAAGACAGCGGACGGAGCGUGAGGCUUACCACAAGCAACGCCAACUAACCAAGUUUAAAGCUCGUCCCAACCCAUUUGCCCUCAUCGCACGUUGACCAGGGGGUUCCCUCAUAUUUUACUUUUACAUUGUUUUCCGAUUUGGUUUCGUUUUAUUGUUGAAAAUUUGUUUUGUUGUUCGAAGAAAUUAAAUUACUAUAAUCACCGCAGAAA